AUGUGGCCUAUUUUUAACAAAAGUCAUGCAGUAGAGAACCUCUGCGGAAGUAAUGAAGGCAAUCAUUGUGGGAGACCCUUCAGCCACAUUCCAGAUCUUACUGUGCUGAAAAAAAAUCCUUCAGAAGUAAAUCGUUUUGAAUGCUGUGUGUGUGGGAAAGCUUUCAUGGAUGACUCAUUACAUAACCAUCACUCCAGAUCUCAGACUGGAUGUAGUGCCUGUCAGUGUAAGGAAUGUGGAGAAGCCUGCAAUUGCCUCUCUGACCUAACCAGUCCUAUGAGAAGUCUUCAUGGAAAGAAACCUCAUAAAUGCAAGGACUGUGGGAAGGACUUCAUUUGUAUCUCAGUGUUUAAGAAUUCUGUGACAGCACUCACUGGUGAGAAACACUAUGAAUGUAACAAAUGUGGGAAAGAUUUCUGUAGUUUCUCAUCAUUUUGGACGUAUAUGAGAAGUUGUAAAUCUGAAUGUAAAGAAUGUUGUGAAACCUAUAAUCAUCCUUCAUCCCUCAUUUUAUGUAAAAAAAUUCCUAACAGAAAUAACCUUUAUGAAUGUAAUGAAUGUGGGAAAGGCUUUACUGAGGCCUCAUCCCUCACUCAACAUACAGGAAGUCACAGAGGAACAAAGCCUUAUGAAUGUAAAGAAAGUGGGAAACCCUUUAGGUGUUCCUCACACCUCACUAAACAUAUAAAAACUCACAGUGGAAAGAGGUCUUAUCGAUGUAAGGAAUGUGGGAAAGCUUUUAGUCAGUCAUCAAACCUCACUACACAUAUAAGAACUCACAGUGGAGAGAGGCCUUUUAAAUGUAAGGAAUGUGGGAAAGCCUUUAGGUGUUCCUCACACCUCACAAAACAUAUAAAAACUCACAGUGGAGAGAGGACUUAUGAAUGUAAGGAAUGUGGAAAAGCCUUUUGUGAGGCCUCAUCCCUCACUCAACAUAUAAGAAGUCACAGUGGGGAGAGGCCUUAUAAAUGUAAGGAAUGUGGGAAAGCCUUUAGUCAGUCAUCAAACCUCACUACUCAUAUAAGAACUCACAGUGGAGAAAGGCCUUUUGAAUGUAAGGAAUGUGGGAAAGCCUUCAGGUGUUCCUCACACCUCACUGAACAUAUUAGAACUCACAGUGGAGAGAGGCCUUAUGAAUGUAAGGAAUGUGGAAAAGCCUUUAGAAGUUUCUCAGCCCUCACUGCACACAUGAGAACUCACACUGGAGAGAGGCCUUAUGAAUGUAAGCAAUGUGGGAAAGCCUUUAGUUGGGCCUCAUCUCUAACUAUACAUAUGAAAGCUCACAGUGGAGUUAAACCUUAUAACUGUAAUCAGUGUGGGAAGGCCUUUAGUUAUUUGUCAGCCCUCACUACACAUACUCGAACUCACAGUGGCGAGAGACCUUAUGAAUGUAAGGAAUGUGGGAAAACCUUUAGUUCUUCUUCAUCCUUCUGUAUACAUAGACGGACACACAGUGGAGAGAGACCUUUUGAGUGUAAGAAAUGUGGGAAAGCCUUUAGUUAUUCCUCAUCUCUUACUACACAUGUAAGAAUUCACAGUGGAGAGAGGCCAUAUGAAUGUAAGGAAUGUGGGAAAGCCUUUAGUCAGUCCUCAAACCUCACUACACAUGUAAGAAUGCACAGUGCAGAGACCUUAUGA